UACCCCGUCACCCUGGCAGCCCAGGCCGUCUGCGCCGUGGCCCAGGUCUUCAUCCUGGGGCUGCCCUCACGCAUUGCCUCCGUCUGGUUCGGCCCCACCGAGGUCUCCACCGCCUGCGCUGUGGCCGUGCUGGGCAACCAGCUUGGCACUGCAAUUGGCUUUUUGUUGCCACCUGUUCUGGUUCCAAAUACACCUAAUGAUAUCGAUCUAAUGGCACAUAACAUCAGCAUCAUGUUCUACGGAACAGCCAUAGUGUCCACAAUUUUGUUCUUCUUAACAGGAGUUGUGUUUGAAGAAAAGCCCAAAUACCCUCCUAGUUAUUCUCAAGCAGUUCUGCAAACUACACCUCCCGAGGAUUACUCCUACAAGCAGUCGAUUAUUAACUUGUUCAAAAAUAUUCCAUUUGUACUUUUGCUGAUCAGUUAUGGUAUUAUGACUGGGGCGUUUUAUUCUGUCUCCACGUUAUUAAACCAGAUGAUAGUAACUCAUUAUGAGGGAGAAGAAGUGAACGCUGGGAGAAUUGGCUUGACACUGGUGGUGGCAGGAAUGGUGGGUUCGAUUAUUUGUGGUUUGUGGCUGGAUUACACUAAAACAUACAAGCAAACUACUUUGAUUGUUUACAUUCUGUCUUUCAUUGGGUUGCUGGUAUUUACUUUCACCCUGGACCUCGGAUACCUUAUAGUAGUGUUCGUGACUGGAGGAGUACUUGGGUUCUUCAUGACUGGCUAUCUCCCACUUGGGUUUGAAUUUGCUGUGGAAAUUACAUACCCAGAGUCUGAAGGCACUUCCUCAGGUCUCCUUAAUGCAUCAGCACAGAUAUUUGGAAUUGUCUUUACACUUGUUCAAGGAAAACUCACCACAGACUACAGUCCUCGUGCAGGAAACCUCUUUCUUUGUGCUUGGAUUUUUGUGGGCAUUAUCUUAACAGCCUUAAUAAAAUCAGAUUUGCGAAGACACAAUGUGAAUUCAGGGAUUAUGAAUUUGGAUGUUAAAGCUGUACCAGUUGACAGUCCUGUAGAACCUGAAAGUACUACCUUAAAAAUUCAGUCGGCUUUAUAA